GAAAAGUAACACUGGUGUUUAGCCAUGGCGCUUACUUUGACAGAGGAUCUGAUACGAAGCCGUGUCAGUUUGUCACAUGACAAUCUCGAGGAUGUCAAGUCAAUCUCUCUACCUGGGACGUACCAUGAGAAAAUUGUCAGCAUCGGCAAUUCUUUACGGAAAUUCAGCCGCCUUAAGUCCUUGGAUCUGUCCCGGAACGCCCUGGAUAACUUAGAGGGUUUAGAGAAUCUCAAACUGUUGGAAAAAUUGAAUCUCUACUACAACAACAUCAACAGCCUGGAGGAGCUGAAGAGGCUGAAGCUGAACACCAGCCUGAAGGAGCUGGACCUCCGCCUCAACCCCAUCACCCGCAGCGAGCCCGACUCCCGCCUCUACCUCAUCCACAUGCUGCCCAGUCUCCAGAAGCUGGAUGACCGGGGUGUCCGUGACCGGGAACGCCAGGCGGCCUUGGUACACUUCAGCUCCAGUCAGGCAACAGAGAUGACACACCAUCCCCCAGAACACGACCUUCCCAAGAAGACCACCCACCCCAGAGCCGAGUUUGUGAACAAGUUGCAGAAGCGACCCACAGUCCUCGAUGAUGACGAUGUUGCGGUGUUGGAUCUGAUCGCCCACACGGGAGGUGACCUAGCCCAGCCCCGCCCCCUGACCGGCUCGGCAGCCCGACAAGACAAGGCAGAGGAAUACACCCUGGAUGGCUUGAAGAGUCUUGACAGUGAUAAGCUGAAUCAAACAGACCCACCCAGGGAGUCCAGACCAGACAAGAAAGCUGAGGGCCGUCGCCCCAGAUCCUCCUCUGUUCCGGAUGAGGAUGAGGAUGUGAUGUCUGCCUACAGGAAGCGCUAUCCCAACAUCCCCAACGUGCUGGCGUCAGACGGAGACCGAGGAGGAGACAGGAGGAAGAGAGCGGACCCGAAUCUGGAGUAUGCGGACGAGAUGGAUGCCUACACCAAGUACAGGAGUCAUGGCUACUUCACUCCUCACCCUGGUGCAGAUGAAGACGACCUUGAAGUGAGUCAAGUGCCAACGGAACGUGAGUCAUAUCCAGAACCUCCCAGAAUGCAACAUGAGAGGGGAAGUGAGGCAGAACAGAGGCUGAAGCAGACGGGACAGAACCACCAUCGGAACAACAGUGCACCGAGGCAGAACGCAGAAAUUGAAGAGACCCUUCAAGAGCUGGGUAUUCCUAAAGACUUGCCACAAGACCCUCGUCAGACACAAGAGGAGAACGCCAUCAAGGUUCGCCUGGAGCAAAACCCACAAGGGAGGGAACUCUUGUUCCGGUUGAUGGACCUGGUAGACCGAUAUUGGAACGGGACCAAAUCUCUACAUAAGAAUGCCAAGUUCAAAGGCCUUGCGUUGAACCAGCUGGAGAAGGUGCUGAUGGGCAAUGGCUCUGUUCCUGCACAGACUCAGAGAGAAGUGCACCACCUCCACGAGCAGCUGCAGCGACUGAAAGACGACAACAUCGUGCUGCGCGACCGCGACGCUCGGAACAAGGCCAACUUGGACGGGUCGUCAGCCAAUGAAACACAUCUGAAGAACUCCCUCCAGAAAGCUUACCAGGAUGUGGAGACUUUGCGGGACCAGCUUGACAAGUAUGUCAGUGAAAACCGGCGGUUAGCAAAGAAGCUAGACAGCCAGGAGACAUUCUCGAGCUAUCAAGGGGGUGCUGCUUCCUCCAUGUCGACUGUGAACCAGACACAACUAGACGACCUACAGCGGCAGAAUGACGCCCUGCAACGCGAGAUUGAAGGCCUGCGGGGUCGGCUGAAACAGUUCGCUCAGAUGCAGGAGCUGGCAAAUAUGCUGCAGGACAGUCACAAGUCGCUAGUGCAGACCAACGACCAUCUGCUGAAGGAGAUGAGCGACACGCGACAUCGACACAUGGAGGAGGUAAAACAGCUGCACUGGAGCUACGACCAGCUGAAGAAGACCAUGAGUUACCUCCCCUCCCACAACAACUCCAGUGUGUCUGCGGGACGGUACACGGACACUGAGAUGUGAGAGCUGUGACACUGGCCGUGUGUGCUCUGACACAGAGGAACCUCAAACCUGGCUGACCUGCUACUUCCUGGCAAAAGUCUGGCGAAGGUCAACUUUGUAAAGCUUAUAUUUGAAUAUAAACUUCACAAAGAAUGCAGCCAUUUCAAAGUGAUACAUUGAAAAACACAGACACAUUUAGAUAAAAUGACUCAAUCUGUCCCAAUGUGAGGAUGUUCAUGCUGUUGAGCAGGGACGAUUGAUUUGUCUCAAGUUGGAGGAAGAGGGCUGAAGGUCAACUUGAACCUAGAUGUAACUAUCGCCAAUUAGCAGUAAAUCUUACACUAUCUGCAAUCUAGAAACUGCCUAAAUGUUGGUGAGUCAAGUCUGAACCAUGAUGUACUUACUGUGUGUCAAGCGAGGUGGCGUCCUACCCACCUAUUGAUACAGUCAACUCUCAUUCCAUCACUGGGGCCAGGAUUUUAUUCUUUGUUUAUCAUCAUUUGUUUUCUGACAGCUCGAAUUGUGUUGAGUACAAUUCUGGAUAGCUAGAUACACUGUCUGCGUGCCAUGUUGACUGAACAGACAGUUAGAUCAUGUAGCGAGAUGAUAACAUCUCAACAAUCCGGUGAUGAAGAGCAGAUGUCAGCAGUGGGGUGAAAACGAACAUGUACAUAGUACAGACUUACUAUUGGUGAAAUAUGUUUGUGUGAAAACAUCAGAUCUGCCUUACAGCCGCAAGAGAGUUAACUGACUAUAAAAGUCUAGUUUCCACCCUCGCUUAACUAGGCUGGAAUUUCUGGGCUCAAUUGUAUCGCCAUCAAUUGCUAUUAUGAGUUAUGUCCCUUCUAUGCCCCUCCUAUUGACCAAUCAGAUUCCACCUCCCAUAUCAUAUCCUACGUUUCAAAUAAAAUGGCAUCGUGCAGACGAUUUUGAAAACAUCUGUUAAGUUGUCGGAACACUAACGUUGCAAGUUUUUUUAAUCGACCGAAAUCUGCACAGCAGUUUAUGGACCGGAUAUCGAUUUCGUUAGGGAUUGGACUAUGCAUUAACUCAUUAGUCCAAAAUAUCCAAAAUAUGUCCAAAAUAACUCCAUAAUUCCAGCCUUAUUCAGCAAGGGUGGAAACUGGACUUUUAUAGUCAGUUAACUCCCUUGCCUCGAGAAGAUGUACGACAGACAGCAGUGGUUCAGCAUGGUAACGCAAAUUGUUCACAAGCUCCAUUAUAACAAGACAAGCAGAUUACGUCCUAUGAAGCUAUGACGUCAUGAUGUCUGAAAAGGCUGACCGACUUGUAUAGGCUUUUACAAGACAGUGUCAGGCCAGUCAGAUAGCUGGAGUUAUUCCCUGUAAUGAAGAAGGCUACUUGGAGAAAACAGUUUAUCAAUGUGUCAUGACCCCUUGCCGACACUUUAAGCUAGUUGCAAUUCAUCGUGUGCUUAAUAGUUUUUGAGGAAAUUGUGAAGAAGAGUUUACAAGUACCACCAUUGAUCAUGUUCACAAGCUUGUGUGAUUGAUAGUAGACGUGGGAUGGUUGGAUCAUUGACUUGGCCAUGUGGAACUGAAGAUAAGUGACAGUGUGAGUGAGAGUUGACUGUAUCUGUGAACUGUAGAAGACGGGUAUUCACUGUUUUGCUCACUAGACAAUCUCAAGGAGAAGUCUUAUUGUUUACAAAUCUGUGAAGAUCUAGGUUAGAACAGGUUUUCAGCAAUCCAUGCUUGCCGUAAGAGGUGACUAACAGGAUGGGGUGGUCAGACUCACGGACAUGGUUGAUGCAUGUCUUCGAUCCCAAUUACGUAGAUCGGUGCUCAUGAUGUCAAUCACUGGAUUGUAUGGUCCUGCCACGAUUAUUUAGAGACUGCCAUCAUAUAGCUGGAAUAUUGCUCAGUGCAGCAUUAAACAACAAACAUAAUGCUAACAAUGAUGUCACACAGGUGUGCACGGAAUAGCGCUGCAAGGAUUGUACUAAUUCACCUGACACCGCUCCUUGCAACAUAUUCUGCCACAAUACGAGUUGCAUCAGCCGGCUGUCGUGUGCUGGGAGGAUUAUUUGUACAAUGCUGCAUCUGAUGGUGUGUACUUUGUUCUGUUGACUUUAGUUUCAACAGGUUUUGGUCGUCAUCUCCAUUGAUGAUGACGACUGAUAGCACUCCUCACAGUGGCAUGUGUGGAGACUCCACGCACCACCACAGAGUGCAGGUUCCAGCUCUGGCACUACAGCAGAUGUUAGCGCCGAGAACUAAACAGAUUACAUCCAGAUUAUUCCCAACAAGAAAGAUCAGGGAAUUUUAUUUGAUGAAAUAAUUGAUCAUACAAAAUAUUUCCAAUGAUUUAGGUCAGUGUCCUUUUCAUCCUGUCUCAAGUCUGGCAUGUGUGACGUCUUACUGACAUGAGUGGUGGCUGGUGGAACGUUACUAACCUUUUGGUUGCUGUUUGGCAGAUGACCGACCCUAACCCCUGAAAGUGAUGAUAUUAGGUGUUACGAGAGAUGGUUGUUGUCUGUCAGGUUCGAUGUGUGAUGAAGCUCACGUCAGCUUCCUCACUGUUUGUACUGACCCCGGAUGUGAGUGUACACACGGUACAGUGGUAAAGUAAUUGUAUCCUGUGUGUAUAACGUAUCCAUCAACAAGAUAGGUAUUGAUAUAUAUGUAUACAUAGACCUAUAUGGACAUUUGUGUAUCCUAUUUCUAAGAUUCCUUAGAAAUAAUCCUAUCUCAGUAGAAAACUUCAUCCUUAAAAGUUUAUCUCCAAUAAGUGAAAAUGAAAUGUUUUACUCAUUUAUUGAUUACUAUCAAAUCAUUUGUUAACACGCCGUCUUUUUCAAAGCAUAAAACACUAACUUGAGGAAACCCAUUUAUAAUCAAUUUAAUGAGUUCCAUGUUUGUGAAGCCGUUAUAGCCCAAGGCCCAGGAUUCCUAGCUGUGCCUGGUUUCUGCACAUUCUAGCCUCAGUCAAUAACCUCGAUGUUAGGAUAGACCCAUGUAACCUCAUGACAACCUCAGUGUGCUGAGUUUGCUGAAUAUAUCCAGUAUUGAAGAACUUGUCUGCUUCCUCUCUUACCUCCCACAGCCUCCAUUGUGUAGAGCCAAAGAAAUCAGUGGACUGAAUGUACAUGAAUGAUGUAAUGUAUGAAUCUGUACAGGGUUAUUAUUUAUUGUGUUCAUUGUUUGAAUAUUUCUAUUGUAUAAAAUAAAUGUGAUGCAAACUCUU